AUGAGUAAGUGUGCAGGACAUGGACAAACUCCUUUAUUUAUAGCUUGCCUUAAAAAUCAUAUAGAGAUAGCAAAGGUAUUACUUGACAACAAUGCAGACAUUGAUAGGUGUACAGAUGAUGGAGCAUCUCCCUUGUUUAUUGCUUGUCAGAAUAAUCAUAUAGAGAUAGUAAAGGUAUUACUGGACAACAAAGCAGACAUUAACAAGUGUACAGAUGAUGGAUUAUCUCCUUUGUAUAUUGCUUGUCAGAAUAAUAAUUUAGAAAUAGCAAAAGUAUUACUACACAACAACGCACAUAUUGAUAAAGGUACAGGUAACUUUGCAUCGCCUUUGUUUAUUGCUUGUCAGCAGAAUUUUGUGGAGAUAGUUAAGUUAUUACUAGACAACAAUGCAGACAUGAAUAGGUGUGCAUAUAGCGGAGAAACACCUUUGAUAGUUGCAUGCGAGAAUAAUCAUAAACAGAUGAUUCAACUAUUACUGGACAACAAUGCGGACAUACAUAAGUGUGACAAUAUUGGAGAAUCUCCCUUGUUUGUUGCUUGUUUAAAGAAUUAUGUAGAACUUGUAAAGGUAUUAAUUGAGAACAAGGCAGACGUUAAUCAAUGUGCAAAGCAUAAUGUAUCUCCAUUGUUCAUAGCUUGUCACAUGAAUCAUUUCGAAGUAGUAAAGAUAUUACUCGAGCACAAAGCAGAUAUGACAAAUUGUGAUAAUAAAAAAAUAUCUCCUUUGUUAAUCGCGUGUAUAGACAACAAUUCAGAGAUAGUUAAAUUAUUGCUGGACAACAAGGCGGACAUUAAUAGAAUCGAUUCAGGAGCAUCUCCUUUGUAUUUUGCUUGUUUAAACAACCAUAUAGAAAUAGUACAAGUAUUACUGGACUACAAGGCAGAUAUUAAUAUUGCUGCACUUGAUGGAACAUCUCCAUUGCAUAUUGCUUGUAAGAAAAAUCAUAUGGAGGUAGUAAAGAUAUUACUGAACAACAACGCAGACAUUAAUAAGUGUAGACAUGAAGGCAUAUCUGCUUUGUAUACCGCCUGUUUUGAUAAUCAUAUAGAGAUAGUUCAGGUAUUACUGGACAACAUGGCAGAUGUUAAUAAGGCUGCAGUCGAUGGAUCAUCGCCUUUAAUUGUUGCUUGCCAGAAUAAUCAUAUAGCGAUAGUGAAGUUACUAGUGGACAAUAAGGCAGACGUUAAUACAAGUGCAGAUAAUGGAUCAUUUCCUUUGUUAAUUGCUUGCCGGGAUAAUAAUAUAGAGAUAGUUAGGGUUUUACUGGAUAAUAAGGCUGACAUUAAUAAGAGCGAAAAUAACGGAACAUCUCUUUUGUUUGUUGCGUGCCUACAUAAUCAUGUGGAAACAGUGAAGUUAUUACUAGACAAAAAGGCAGAUAUUAAUAAAUGUGCAUAUGAUGGAGCAUCUCCUUUGUUUAUAGCCUGUCAGCAGAAUCAUAAAGAAAUAGUACAAAUACUACUAGACAACAAAGCAGAUUUAAAUAAGUGUACAGAUGAUGGAUUAUCUCCUUUGCUUGUUGCUUUGAAAUCAUUUCAUACAGAAAUAUAUCAUAUGCUGGUACAGAACGGAGCAGAUGCAUGUACAACGAUUACGAACUGGAUGCAAAGGAAUCGUAAGACGGACACAAUGAAUAUUUACAAAUAA